AUGAAGCGCUCAUCCGGUGACAGGGCCAACACACCGGCUCGCACGCGAGCAUCCAAGGCGCUCCGGUCGGCGGAAAGCCUCUGGGCACAGCGGCACGGCUCGAAGCCAGUCACAGUUUGCCAUCCGAGCUCCGAGACUGAAGCUGGUGUAUCGUCCGACAUUAUAGGGCGGCUCAGACCCCACCGCGCUACUGGUCUGGGGGUCGCAUUCCCGCAGACCUUGUGCUUUGGUACCCGCGAGCAACGCAGAAGCCGGUCAACGUCGCUGUUGCGCACUGUUCGAAACGAAGCGCUGUACGCGCAGGGUAACGUUUGUGUGAAUCGAAACGCUUCUCUGCGGCUGUGUUCGCUGCUCGGGCGCCUUCGGGGACGCAUGGCUACCUUAAGCUUCCUUUUCGGUACGUCUUCUGCCAGGUUCACUUCAGGACACGAUGCAUGGUCGCGGGCGGGUGUCCGAGCGUCGUGGAACGUGGCGCCAGCCCAGCGUUUGCCCCGAGCGAAGGUCGGACUGCGGACCCUGGUGGCGCGCACCAAGAGCACCUCGAGUCCUAGCGUCGAAAACCGUCGAAUAAACUUUCAGUAUGAGGUUCUUUGGACCUUGGAAUGUGGAAUAGAGCUCAAAGGAACGGAGAUUAAGUCGGUGCGGGCGGGGAAGAUGAACAUCCGAGACGCGUUUGCGCGGGCGAAGCGAGGAACCAACGACCUCUGGCUCUAUAACUGCCAUAUUGCGCCACAUGACCGAACAGCGACGUUCUUCAACCACCAACCGACACGACCUCGCCGUCUCUUAGCGCAUAAACAGGAAAUUCGGCGGUUGCUGCAGGCUCAAGAGGAAAAGGGACUUACGCUGGUACCGCAGCGGUGUUACUUCGACCAGCGCCAGCGGCUGAAAGUGCUGCUCGCAGUCGCCCGUGGUAAGAAACUUCACGACAAACGCGAGAGUAUUCGGGAACGUGACGAGGCACGUUCCAUGAAACGAUUCGCCAAAUACGACCUGAGAGACUUGUAG